AGGCCCAAAGAUUAUUCAUCCCCCCCGGAUCGUCACCAGUCGACCCCCCGAGUAAGCUCCCACCAUAAAACGCUCACCAACCAAACAGGGCGAGCGGCUGACCCAAGAAGCAGAAGAAACCAGCCAGUGAAGAAUUCUUGAGAACCGAGCAAAGCCAAGUUUGUCGUUACCUUCCUUGUCCCAGUGGUGGAUUGACUCAAACCCCAUCAUCCCGAUCGCUAUCGUCUGAUUUCAGCCCGUAAACUUACUGGCACGAUCGAUCACACAGAGAGAUCAUGAGUUUCCGGUUUUUAAACCUGGUUCGGCCCUUUAUGGGCGUACUGCCAGAAGUGGCAUCCCCCGAUCGCAAAAUCCCAUUCAACCAAAAAGUCUUAUGGACAGCGAUCACCCUCUUGAUCUUCUUGAUCUGCUCGCAAAUCCCACUCUAUGGAAUCGUCUCAUCCGAUUCAUCAGAUCCACUAUACUGGAUGCGUGUCAUCCUCGCCUCGAAUCGUGGAACCUUGAUGGAACUUGGGAUCUCUCCGAUCGUCACCAGUGGAAUGAUCAUGCAACUGUUGGCCGGUGCUCAGUUAGUUGAAGUCGAUUUCACCCUGAAAGAGGACCGAGCUCUCUUUGGCGGGGCCCAGAAACUGUUUGCACUCUUGAUUUCGUUUGGACAAGCUACCGUUUACGUUUUGACUGGUUUAUAUGGUCAACCUAAAGACUUGGGAGCCGGUGUCUGUUUACUGUUGAUCCUCCAAUUGGUCGUUGCCGGUUUGAUUGUGAUCUUGCUGGACGAAUUGCUUCAAAAAGGAUACGGACUUGGCUCGGGAAUCUCGCUCUUCAUCGCCACCAACAUCUGUGAAUCGAUCAUCUGGAAAGCGUUCUCGCCUACGACGAUCAACACCGGGCGUGGGCCUGAGUUCGAGGGUGCUCUGAUUGCCUUGUUCCAUCUGUUGUUCACCUGGAACGAUAAGACCAGAGCAUUGAAGGAGGCUUUCUACAGAGAUCGAUUGCCAAACGUCAUGAACCUGAUCGCUACCCUCGUCGUCUUUGCGGCCGUGAUCUACCUCCAAGGUUUCCGAGUCGAGAUUCCAGUCAAGUCCAACCGAUUCCGUGGCCAACGUGGUACCUUCCCCGUCAAGCUCUUCUACACUUCUAACAUGCCGAUCAUGCUUGAAUCCGCCCUUACCUCGAAUGUCUUCAUCGUCUCGCAAAUGUUGUUCAGCCGAUUUCCUGAUAACAUCUUGGUCAAAUUACUUGGGGUUUGGGAGCCACUCGAGAACUCGUCUCAAUUAUUUGCCAAGUCUGGAUUCGCUUACUACAUCUCACCACCCCACAACAUCCGCCACGUCUUUUCGGAUCCGAUCCACACCCUGUUGUAUGUCUCGUUCAUGUUGACAGCUUGUGCAUUGUUCUCGAAGACUUGGAUCGAGGUCUCUGGUUCGGGACCGAGAGAGGUUGCUAAGCAAUUGAAAGAUCAACAAAUGGUCAUGGCCGGUCAUCGGGAAGGUUCCAUGUACAAAGAACUCAAGCGAAUUAUCCCUACCGCUGCUGCCUUCGGUGGGGCUACGAUCGGCGCUCUAUCUGUCUGUGCCGAUUUGAUGGGUGCAUUGGGUAGCGGAACUGGGAUCCUUCUAGCUGUCACCAUCAUUUACGGAUACUGGGAAAGUGCCAUCCGAGAAGGAAGUGGGAUUGACUCGGCAGUUGGAGAACUUAUUGGUUAAAUAACCCAUUCUUCUAUUUUUUUUGUUUGCUCGUUCAGUUCUUAUGCCCCCUCUUUCUCUCUCUCUCUCUCUCUCUCUCUCUCUCUCGUAGAUGUUUUUUUUUUCUCUCUCUUCUUUUUUUUUCCCAUCGCAUUGUUUCUUUGUCUAAAACGGGAAGAACAAACCAACAAACCAACAAAAAAAAGUGCAAACACAGAAAGAAAAAAAGCGAGACCUUUGGUUCCCUGGUUUUGCUCCCUCCCUUUUUCUUAAUUUGCUGAAAGUUAUAUAUACCUCAAAAGACUUGACUAGGGUCAUCGAAACUUGAUUCACUUGUUUGUUGUUACUCUUCCUUUGAGCAGUUUUACGUGUGUGAUGGCGAGGCUUUGCGAUCGAGCAACCUCCCUCAUCAGUCUCCUCUCUCUCUUUCUUGCCCCGUUCUCCUCUUUUUUUUGUUUCUUUCUACUUCCCUUUUGUUUUUUUUUUCUUCAGAGUUAUGGAAGUAUAAUUUCCUUGGUCUUUCUUUAGAGUCGAUAGAUAGUAGUCACUUUAGAAGUCGUGUUUGGAGUCUCUCUCUUUCUUUUCUUUUGUUCUGGUUAUCAUACUUUUUUUUUCAUGUUUCUUUUAAUUCGGUCUCAGAAAAUAAAAAAUCAAAAUACAUAUUAAACCAAA